AUGAAAAUCGAUGAGCUAACGAAGAAAAUACUGGAAGUAGUAGAGUGGCCUAACAUUGAUCAGAAGAAUUGUACAUCGUUAUCAGAUCAGCCCUCGGCAUAUUUCUUUAUUAAAAAUGUACAAGGCGCUCAAUUCAUUCUCAUACUAUUUGCAACAGUGUUUACCUUUGUUGUAUUACUUUUAGCAGCUAUUCAUUGGUUUCAUGUAUGGUUGUAUGUUGCUGAAGAGAAACGACGAAAUAAACUUUAUUUUUUACUAUCAUUAUUUCCGGUAUCAACAAUGUGCUGCUAUAUCGGUAUGAUAUCGCCACGUACGUCAAUGGUGAUGUCCUCACUUGGUGUUCUCUAUUUCCUUACAUGCCUAUUUAUACUUAUUUCAUUGAUAAGGCAUUUAUUCGGUAGUCGUGAUACAUUUGCAGCUAUACUUCUACUAGACAACAAACCAAUUGAUUUUCAAAGUCCACCAUUUUGUUGUUGUUGCUCAUUUUUACCAAAAGCAAAAAGUACCGUACGAAAUUUACGACAAUUAGAAUGGUUAGUCUUACAGGCUCCGGUAGUUCGUACAAUGAUCGUUACGUUUAAUGUGAUUGCAAUCGCAGAAUGGCGUGAAGCUGCUAAUAACUACAUACAGUUCAGUGAAACGAUUUCUGUUGCUUCCUUAUUACUUGCUAUUUUCGGUGUUCAUACGUUAGCUCGUCUAACUUCCGAUAAACUCAGUGAUUAUGGAUUUAUGACAAUAUUUCGAGUAAUCGAUAUUGCACUUCUUUUUUUCACCGCUCAACAGCCAGUAAUAUUUGAGAAUAUUUUGAUCCGAUUUAAUAUUUUUAAAUGUGGUCCAUUACUAUCUGCGCGUGAUAAUGCUCGCUUGGAAAUGUUACUGUUAUCAUUGUUUACAUCUUUUAUGGUUGCACCAUCAAGAAGUGCACUAUUCGACUUGUAUGGUUCAAAGGGAAGAAGUGAUGUGCAAUCCAGGCUAACUCAGGAAAGUCUUCUGAACAGUCCUGAAAGUGACACUAUUGUAUUAGCUUAA